CUUUGUCACUGUUCCGGUCCACACGCAUUUUCUCAUUUGUUGCUGUUCGUCACUGCUGCUAUAGUGGCACCAUGAGCAACAUCUCCCACAUCCCCGGGGGCGUCGGCAUAACCUCAGCCCUCAUCGCUAAUACUACCACGCCCUUCCCCUUGACCAUGGCCAAACCCGGGAAGGGACAGCAACACGGAGCCACAGACGAGGCGUGGAUCAAAGAGAUGAAGAUGAUAAGCUACCUAGUGUUGAUGCCGGUGGUAGUGGUACUGGGAGUGACCAUCAACGCUUUCGGCCUCUACCUUCUCCGCAGACCACGGAUUCGGUCCCUGCAAUGCACCAUGAACAUGGAGUUGCUCUUCGGCCUGAACGUGGCCAUCCUUUUGGUCAGCAUCGGCAGCAUCAUCACUAUCGACGGGUGUGAGCUACAGUCCUACGCCUUGGCGCUCUACUUCGCCCAUCCCUGCUUCACGGCAUUCUACGUGAUGCAGCUCUUCUCCCAUUACAUCGUAGUGUGGCUGUGCUGCGAUCGCUUCCUGGCGCUGUGGUGUUUCAAACUGUUCCGGCAAAUGCAGCAACCACGAGUCAUGAGGCUUCGCUUGAUUUUAACCGGUUUGUUAUGUGUCGGAUUGCAACUGCAGUACUUCCUGAAAGUGGAGGUGUUGUGUAUAUCUGUAAGCGACGAGGGUGUGGUGGUCACCAACAACACACAGAGGUGCGAGGAAGGCUACUGGUUCCUGCAUAACAUCUAUCAGGAGACGGAGGACGGUGACACAGGACGUAAUAUAAUGAUGAUGUCAAUCAUCGCGCUGGGCCUGAUUGUGCCUGUGGUGCUGGUGCUGGUGUUCAGUGUGGGCAUCGUGGUGGGCAUGGUGCACCACCGCAUACAAAAUAUCGCCGCCACCACUCACACGCUUCACCAAGCCUACUCUGCCAUCUACAUAACUUUGGCUCUCGCACUCGUCUUCUUCAUCAACAUCAUGCUCACUGUCGUUUAUGCCAUCAUAUAUACCGAAAAUAUCACGAGCUGCUACGAGUCCUCCAGCAAGGAAGUGUUCCGUGCAGCAACACACCUUCUUGUGUUGGCAGAACACCUCACCCUCACCCUCUUCCUGGCCAUCAAUCAGACCAUCCGUUACGAACUGAGGACGCUGCUUCACGCCAUUAAGGGCCGUCUCUACAAUGCUUUGAACUGCCUGACUCUGACUGUUUGUCCUUCACGCCGGACGCGCUCUGCCACGCUCAAUACAAACGCUGUAACGGUUUACCAUAACGACAAUGAGGAAGGUCCACAUGUUCUCCCAUCUGGUGGUGACACCAUUCGAGAAGCUCCCUGAUACAGGGAUGACUGGCAGAAUUUUGAAAAUAAUUUUGCACUAAUAGUAGGACUAGUAGCACUACCAGGAGAAGGCAUUAGAUACCUGCCGAAAUGAUAAUUACUCCCUGUGAGGUCUAAAGCACUGGAUCACGGGGUGCUGUGAACUUAUCAUUAAGUCCAGCUGUGACCUCACUGAAAGUUCCUCUUUGUCUCACAACACAAGGAGGUAGUCACAGCCUGCCCUCUAAAGACAACUCUUUUUCCUUCACACAAAACUACAAACACCUAAUUACACACACACCCUCCACUCAAAAUUUAAAAUUAUCAUGGCGACUCCUACACCAGCCUCGUACUUCCCAUCUGGGGAGGGGACCACAAAUGUCCCCAGGUCGAACUGCUCUUCUGGUAUCUACCCUAAGUGUCUUGACACCCCCACCACUUUCUCUUCAUUAACUUCUGCAACAUUCCCUGUCUUAGAUCUAAUUUUCAAUUCGCAGAACACCACUUCUCCUCUAAUAAACCUCAUCUUCUUUUCCUCACUGAAACACAGGUGUCUGAGGCAACUGACAGUAGCCCCUUUUCUGUUCCCUCCUACUUUCUCUAUCCUCAUUUUCAAUCCAAAACUGGAUGUUGUGUCUAUGUGUGCUUUCGUGCCCACGCUCUUAAAUCUUCUGAGUUUUCCACCAUCUGGCUACGACUACAGAGUCACUCUCAAACUAAAUUUAUCAGUGCUGUAUACCUUUCAUCUAACCCCUCUGACUAUAAGAAAUUCUUUGACUACUUAACUUUCAAAGUGGAGCACAUUCUGACUCUCUUCCUUUUUACAGAGAUCUCCAUUCAUGGAGACUUCAGUGUUCACCACCAGCUUUGGCUUUCCUCUCCCUUCACUGACUAUCCUGGUGAACUAGCCUUUAACUUUGCUAUCCUCCACGUCCUAGAGCAAUUGGUGCAACACCCUACUCGUAUUCCUGACCGUCUUGGAGAUACACUUUCAUUCUUGACCUUUUUCUAACCUCUAAUCCUUCUGCUUAUGCUAUUACCCUUUCUUCUCUGUUGUGCUCCUCCAAUCACAAUCUCAUAUCUGUAUCUUGUCCUAUCGCUACAAUCCCUACUCAGGAUCCCCCUGAGCGGAGGUGCCUCUGGCGUUUUGCCUCUGUUAGUUGGGAGGAUAUGAGGAGGCAUUUUGCUGAUUUUCCUUACUGCUUCUGAGUCAAAGACCAUCUCUGUGUGGCGAAGGCAUAACAGAGGUGUCUGGCAUGGAGGCGUACAUUCUUCACUCUUUUUCUCGACCUAAACCUUCCAAACCUUGAUUUAACACAGCCUGUUCUCGUGCUAUACAUGGUAGAGAGGUGGCCCACAAAAGCUACUUAAGUCUUCCAUCACUAGAAUCUCAUGCGCUUUAUAUUUCUACCCGGAUUCAUGCCAAGUCUGUUCUCCAACUAGCCAAAAACUCCUUCACCGAUAGAAAGUGUACAAAUCUUUCAAGAUCUAACUCUCCUCGUGACUUCUGGCACCUAGUCAAAAAACACUUCUAAUAACUUUGCUUCUUAUUCUUUCCCUCAUUUAUUUUAACCAGAUGGCACCACGGCUAUCACAUCUAUCUCUAAAGCUGAACUCUUAGCUCAGAACUUUGCUAAAAACUACCUUGGAUGAUUUAGGGCUUGUUCCUCCCUCUCCCCUACCCUCUGAUUACUUCAUGCUACCUAUUAAAAUUCUUCGCAAUGAUGUUUUCUUGUCCUAUCGCUCCAAUCCCUACUCAGGAUCCCUCUGAGCGGAGGUGCCUCUGGCGUUUUGCCUCUGCUGCUGGAGGGAUAUGAGCAUACCCUUGCUUAUGGACCUGAUGAGGUCCUUCCUAUUGUUCCCCGAAACUGUGCCUCCGUGCUUGCCUUGUCUAGUUAAACUCUUUCAACUCUGUCUGUCAACAUCUACUUUUCCUUCUUGCUGGAAGUUUGCCUACAUUCAGCCUGUUCCUAAAAAGGGUGACCGUUCUAAUUCCUUAAACUACGGUCCUAUUGCUUUGAUUUCCUGCCUAUCUAAAGUUUUUUAAUCUAUCCUCAACAGGAAGAUUCUUAAACACCUAUCACUUCUAUAUGUACCUUGGAUGAUCCAGGGCUUGUUCCUUCCUCUCUUUCACCCUCCAACUACUUCAUGCUACUCAUUAAAAUCUUUAACAGAGAUGUUUUUUCAUGUUUUUUGCUGGUCUAAACCCUCGGAAAGCUUAUGGAACUCUUUCAACUCUGUCUAUCAACAUCUACCUCUCCUUCUUACUUGAAGUUUGCCAACAUUCACCCUCUUCCUAAAAAAAGGAUGACCGUUCUAAUCCAUCGAAGUAUUGUCCUAUUGCUUUGAUUUCCUACCUAUCUAAAGUUUUGAAUCUAUCCUCAACAAGAAAAUUCUUAAACAUCUAUCACUUCACAACUUUCUAUAUGGUCUCUAGUAUCGGUUCCGUCAAGGCCGCUCUACUGACUUCCCUUACUGAGUCUUGGUCAUCCUCUUUUAGAGAUUUUGGUGAAGCUUUUGCUGUUGCCUUAAACAUACUAAAACCUUUCGAUAGAGCCUGGCAUAAGGCUUUGAUUUGCAGACUACCCUCUUCCAGCUUCUAUUCUUCUCUCUGUAACUUCAUCUCAAGUUUCCUUUCUGACUGUUCUAUUGCUGCUGUGGUAGACUGCCAUUGUUCUUCUCCUAAAUCUAUUAACAGUGGUGUUCCUAAGGGUUCUGUCCUGUCACCCACUCUCUUCCUAGUAUUCAUCAAUGAUCUUCUAAACCAAAUUUCUUGUCCGAUCCACUCCUACGCUGAUGAUACCACCCUGCACUUUUCCACGUCUCUUCGUAGACGUCCAACCCUUCAGGAAGUAAACAGUUCAUGCAGAGAAGCCACAGAACACCUGACUUCUGAUUUCUCUAAAAUUUCUGAUUGGGCAGAGCAAACUUAGUAUUGUUCAAUAUCUCAAAAACUGAAUUCCUCCAUCUAUGAACUCAACACAACCUUCCACACAACUAACCCUCUUCAGUGACACUCAACUGUUCCCCUCCUCUACACUGAACAUCUUUUUACUUAUAAUCUAAACUGGAAACUUCACAUCUCAUCUCUAGCUAAAACAGCUUCUAUGAAGUUAGGUGUUCUGAGACGUCUCCGCCAGUUUUUCUUACCCUUCCAGCAGCUAAUUCUGUACAGGUGCCUUAUCCGUCCAUGUAUGAAGUAUGCUUCACAUGUCUGUGGGGUUCCACUCAUACCGCCCUUCUAGACAGGGUGGAAUCAAAAGCUUUUUGUUUCAUUAUUUCCUCUCCUCUAACUGACUGUCUUCAGCCUCUCUCUCAUCGCCGCAAUGUUACAUCUCUUGCUAUCUUCUACCGCUAUUUUAAUUUUAACUGCUCUUCUGAUCUUGCUAACUGCAUGCCUCCCCUUCUCCCGCGGCCUCGAUGCACAAGACUUUCCUCUUUCUCUCACUCCUAUUCUGUCCAUCUCCCUAAUGCAAGAAUUAACCAUUAUUCUCAAUCAUUCAUCCCUUUUUCUGGUAAACGCUGGAAUUCCCUGCCUGCUCUGUAUUUUCACCUUCCUAUGUCUUUAAUAUCUUAAAGAGGGAGGUUUUAAGACACUUAUCCUUCAAUUUGUGAUUGCCGCUUUGGACCCCAUUCAGGGACCGGCAUCUCAGUGGGUUUUUUUUUUUUUUUCUAAUUGCAUUUUUAUUGCCCUUGGCCGGUGUCCCUCCUACAUGAAAAAAAAAAAACUUUUACGAUAACACACACACACACACACACACACACACACACACACACACACACACACACACACACACACAUACACACACA